AUGACCUCGACUACCCAUCUGCGCGUCCUGCGCACCUCAACACGACCCCCUCCGUCCCAGCUGCUGCUCCUGCAGCUCAGCUCCUCCCACCACCGCCCGCACACAUCACGACAGCCAUUCUCCACGUCGCCGCACGCCCGGAAGCAGCCCGCAAGCGCAGCGGCAGCAGCACAGACACACGGCAUCUCCCCAACAGCCGCGAACCCGCCCGCCUCGACGCGCCCGCCGCCCCUGAGCCUGCCCGCCCGCGACCCGUCCGCGAGCACCUUCUCGCACCUCUUCGCGACGGGCAAGGCCUACCUGACCUUCUACAAGACGGGCUUCCGGCAGAUCUACACCAACACGCGCCUGGUGUGGUCCCUGGGGACGGCCUCGGGGAUCCCCCCGUCACUGUCCCCCGGCAACACCAACAGCACCAGCACCAGCACCAGCAAUAGCAACACCAUAGCAUCGCCGCCCACCCUCCGCCCCGCGGCGACGACGCGCUCCACCGAGCUCCUGCGCCGCCGCUGGCGCCACGACGUGCGGCGCCUCCCGCUCUUCGCCCUCAUGUUCGUCGUCUGCGGCGAGUUCACGCCCCUCGUCGUCCUCCUCCUCCCCCGCGUCGUGCCCCUGACGUGCCGGAUCCCGCGGCAGGUCGAGCAGCUGCGGGAGGCGGCCGAGGCGCGGCGGCAGGCCUCGGCGGCGACGAUGACGACGAUGACGACGACAACAACAACAACAGGGAAGAGGAACAACAGCGGCGCCGCCGCCGCGGCCGUCACCGCCCACGUCGCGCGCUCGCUGGGCCUCGUCUCGCCCCUCUGGGACCGCCUGCCCCUGCCCGACUCCGCCGUCGCCCUGCUGGCCUCGCGCAGGGUCCGCGCCCACGCCGCCUACCUCGUCCGCGACGGCCACCUCCUCUCGCAGGCCGGCGGCGUCCCCGCGCUCGAGGACGACGAGGUCGUGCUGGCGUGUGAGGACCGCGGGCUGCCGGUCGUGGGCAGGUCGCCCGCGGAUCUGCGCAAGGAGCUGGCGCAGUGGGUGGACCUGGCCGGCGGCGGCUGGGUCGGUGGUGAUACCGGGAGCCCUUGGAGCCCUGAGGCGGUGGCCCGGCAGGAGGCGCUUGUGGUGUCGUUGCUGGCGGCGCCCGAAUGGCCGCCAAAUGAGCAGCAACUGGGGGCACUGGCCAGCAUGAUGGAAGAGAGUUAG